CACCACUCAUCAUGGCCACCUCCUUCACUGUGCUUCUCGUCUUCCUCCUCCAAAUCGCCGCCGUCUCAGCCACAGAUCACAUCGUCGGCGCCAACAAAGGAUGGAACGCCGGCAUCAACUACACUGUCUGGGCCAACAACCAAACCUUCUACGUCAAUGACUUUAUCUCCUUCAGGUACACAAAGAUGCAGCACAAUGUGUUUGAAGUGAAUCAGAGCGGGUACGACAACUGCACCACCGAAGGCGCGGUGGGGAACUGGAGCAGUGGAAAAGACUUCAUUCUACUUGAUAAGCCUAAGAGGUAUUACUUCAUUUGUGGGCUUGGUCAGUGCUUUAAUGGCAUGAAAGUUUCGGUUCUUGUCCACCCCGUUGCCCCUCCGCCUGCUACAUCCACUGUCCCUGCGAACCACUCCAAAACCAACUCUGCCGCCUCCCCACUGGCCCAUUCUGUUCCAGCUGCGGUUCUGCUUCGGGUUGUGCUGGGUUUCAUUGUGUUCAGCCUAGUUUGAGUAUGUACUGAUUCAAAGUUUUUGCUAUUCCACUAUUUUAUCGAAUUUAUAUGUAACUGAGGGAGUGUAGUUUUUAGCUACUUACCAUAUACCGGGCGAAUUGCAGUUUUAACAUUGUAGAAGUAACAUUGAAUUGUAUGUUCUUAUCUUGGGGAAUGGGAAUGUGAGUGAUUGACUAAGGUUAUCUAGAUGCAUAUUGGGAAUCAUUUAUACUUCCUCCGUCUCUUUUUAAUUGCAACAGUCAACAUUUCACGUUUGCCAAA